AUAAAACGUCUGCAGCACGCUUGGUAGCGACAGGUUGGUCUGUUAAUAUGCCAAAUGAUAAUAACCAAAUGAAGAGAAACAAACCAACAGAACAAUUCCACUGAAGUUCAAGAGCUACUGAAUCAUUCAACCAGGCAUUGUAUCAAGGCAAUAGAGCACCAUGUGAAAUCUCCAUAAAAUGGCUACUUAUGUACUGUGGUCAGCAGUUGUCUGGACUCUCAAGGGUCUGUUGUGCACAUGGAGGUUUUUCUGGGUCAGCCCAUAUUGUGCUCUAAAAUCUGCACCAUGGACACAGCAUGCAGCUGACACUGACCAUAAACCCCCAUCAUCAAAACUGACCUCAGUUGUCCAGGAUGUCAAGCAUGUGGCAGGACCAGAUGUAAAUGCAGACUCAGAGAAAAAGACCAAACCUGUUCCUGUUCAGCGUGAACGCACAAGUGGCCUGUUCAAGAGACUGCUAAAGGCUGAGGGGGAGAUUCAAGAACUUAAGAUAGAGAUUGCAAAUCAGAGAGCAUCAUGGGAGAUGCGGUUUGUGGAGCUACAAAAGAGACAGCAUAUUCUAAAAGACCAGCUGACCUCUGAGAUUCUGGUAAGGACUGGAAUGCUGUACAGAGACACAGAUUCAGAAGAAACAAAUGAAGUCUUUCUAGAGUCUGGCUUGGAGAAUGGACUUUAUUCUGAGGAGAAGGACAAUGAAUGUUCUAGUGGUCUCAGACACCAGCAAAAGGGACCUGAUGUGGAAUUGCUUAGAGAUGGUGUUGACCAAAAAAGUUUGUGCAGCAGUCAAACCUCCUGCCCAUCAGACUCCAGAGCCACUUCUGCCAUGUCUAACAUCAGUGUAAGGUCUUGGAGGAGCGGAGGAGGACCUCAUCGAGUAUUUGUACCCCAUUCCCCCUUGGAUCUGAAGAUUGGGCACAGGGUCCGAAUCAUGUUAUCCUCUGGACGCAUCAGCACUGGUACUUUACGCUACCUGGGCAACAUGCACAACUCUUCUGAAUACCAUCUUGGCGUAGAGCUGGAGUUGGCUGAUAAUGGACAACAUGAUGGCACCUAUGAAGGACUACGCUACUUUGACUGUGAUCCCGGACAUGGUGCGUUUGUAGCGUUCAGUAAACUGUUAAUGGCUUUGGGAGUAGAUGCUCUUAUUGGAACGUAAGAGUGUCUCAACAUAAGAGUGAAGACACUCCAGGCCACUCCAGGCCACUCAAGGCCACUCUUGCAACAGUUUGCUGUAUGGAUCAACAGAAGAGCGCUGCAAUGAUGAUGUUUUUUUGUAGGCGUAACAUCACCCUGGUUCCUCUGACAAAAACACAUUAUUACAGUAAGAAGUAAAAAUGUAGGCUAUACCACAGUCACAUGACUUCAGUGUCGCCAGCAUUAAUCUACCAACUCAUUCAGUUUAUUAUUUAAAAAUAUGAAACUUUCCCUGAAAGUUUGAGUUUGAAUAGUAUGCAGUAGUGUGAUUAUAAACACAAUGAGGCUGUGAAAAUGCGUAGUGAGUAGAUUAGUUUACCUGUUCGGUUUGGAGACAGUCUCUGUAGGCUUUUUUAGCUACUUGUUAGCAACUGCCUUUAUCAAGACAAGUAAAGCUUUAAAAACACUAGGGGUUUUAUUGAUGUAUUUUAUUUUGUAGAAUAAAACAUGACAAUAUCUUGAGCUUAGGUUCACCACCCAUUCAAAAAACCCACUGACUUCAGGACGAUGGAACUGGAAGUGUUAAAAUGCUAACUUUUUUCUUUCUUUCUGGUAUGUCAUACCUGCAGCACAACUUGUGUGUAGUGUAACUUUACUAGAACUUGUUACUGGCAAACUGGUGACCUUAUAUGUUACCUUAAAGGUGAAGUGGGUAAUUUCUGCACUACUUGAGUCAUCAAAUGUGAUAGCAAAACCGGUGACUGUUUUCACCCAAAAACAUUUAAUCUCACCCCAAAAUUGUGCCAUUGGAUGCACAUGGUAGCAAUGUUUUGAAAGUGGCAGUGACCUUUGAAGGAGUCAUCGGAUGCAAAGUUUACUUUUUCAUAUUGUUUGAACAUUAAUGUGUGUUGGCAGUGUAUGUACACAUCUACCCUAUAAUGAUAUUUUUUUUAAUUAAUCUCUGCAAUCACCUUUUCUAAUAACAUGCUAGUUAGCAAGUUUAUUGGCUAAACGCGGCUAAAAUAAACAGGCUUGUCACUCCGCAGAGAGAAGAGAGGGGCGGGGCGAGCAGAGCUCAUUUAAAGCAACCUCGACCAGAACAGGAUAAUUUUUGUAGAGCUGAUUUUGGCAAGGUAAAAAGGGUGUUGUUUUACACAACCAUUGAAAAUUUUUAACCAAAGUAUAUUAUAGACUUUUCAUUAAGACCCUAAAGAAUCAUAUCAACUUGUGGAAAAUGGGCAUCUGAUGACCCCUUUAAAUGUAGUGGCUACCUGGUCUUUCUGCUUAUUAGGCUGGGAUAGGACGAUGUGUUUUACCAAAAUAUGACACACUUCACCUUUAAAUAGCAAACAAACUUAGAAAAACAUAAAAUAAUAAGAUUUCAGAUAUUCUCGGUUUAGAUGCUUUUUGUGGGUUUCUCUGACCUGUAGACCUGUAAUCCCCAUUUAGUGUGAAAACAUAAGUAUUUUACAAGGUGGUGAUUUCAUAUGGACUUUUACAAUGUGAAUCAUAUGAAAACGUGAUUUUUAGAAAACAAGUAAGCAUGAAGCUACUCCCCUGAACCUAAACUCAAUGGGGUGUAAGCAUAUCAUACAGAAAAGUACUAAUUAGCCACCAAUCCUGCAUGUAUGUAGAUUUAAAUGUAAAUAUAUUUACAAAUUGCCAUGAGAUUGUUUUGGAAUCUGCACUUUUUCUCAUUAUACUUAUGACUGUUGGGGAAAUUCAAAUAUAUACUACAGUAUCAGCAGGGCUGAGAUAAGCAGACUCAUUAGCUUAAACAGAUCAAAUUACCCAAAGUAUUUCCAUACAAGGAAAAGGUAUGUGUAAAAGAGUGAUGAUGAGCGAUGUUCAAAUUCUGUGGAAUUCUGUUGACAAGCAUUCCAUGCAGGUUUGCUUAUUGCCAAUAUCCGUUAAUGCAAAU